CCACCGGCUGACUGCCGUCGUCAGUCUCGCCAAGAUAUCUCGGGAGUCAACAGGUGCGUCUAGGAGCCGACACGCUCCUUCCUCCUCUUUCGUUCUUUUUAUCCUCCUUUAUUUCUUUUUUAUUCUUCUUUUUUCUCUUUUUUCUUUUUACUUUUUUUUUCUUCGACACCGUAUCAUCGAAUUCGACAAAGUUGGUCUCUGAACGUAUAAAGGCACCGAGGAUUGUCAAUAAAGAAAAAAAUAAAAGAAAAAAAUUUUUGAUUUUUCCUCUUCCAUCUUGCGUCUAUCUUGCAUCGAGAUAGAAAGAGAAGGAGAGAGAGAGAGAGAGAGAGAGAGGGAGAGAGAGAGAGAGAGAGAGAGGGGGGGAAAGAAAAACGAAAAAUCGCGAGAAUCGUUCGGUGAGGAUCGCAAUAUAACUGCAAGAUGAUGUCAACGAAGGUAACAUUUAUUCUAGUCUUGGCAGUUUUGAUUAUCGGGAAUCUAGCGAUAGAUCUACCAAAGCCUGGCUACGCUAGGACAGUUUUAAAAGUAUCUAGAAGUCUUCCGGGUGAGACCGAGGAGUUAAAGAUUAGGACGAGCGAAGGUAACUUGGCAACUUUGAUCGUGAAACGACGUGAAAAGUCAACGUCGAUGUUCGAUGACGAUCGAGUCGUAUCGUCGGGUAUCGACGUUACCGAAAGGAAAGAGAACGUUAGCAAACACGAUAUUCCAUCAACUAGAAAGAACGAAACCGAUAGUGAAAACGAUGAGAAAAAGAAGAAGGAGGAUGUAAGGAAAAUGGAAGAGGCACAAGUCGAGGAGAUCCGUGCGAAAUUUGUCAAACCCGAGGAAAUCUCGGUAACCGAGAGAUCGUCCGAUCAAAACGAAACGAAAACUACGAUAACUCGUACUAUCCGACCAAUCGGCGAAAGCAAUAUCGAUUAUGGAAAUUGGACGCCGUUAGGCGAGGAUGGUAGAGCUUUGAAACUUGGUGAAACCACUACCGAGGAAUAUCACAAUUGGAAGCCUCUACCGGCUGACGCGAAGUUGCCGGUUGAACAGGGCAGAUCGAGUUACGUUCGUUUCGGUGAUACCACUUAUGCGAACAACGGAUUGCUAUUUGUAAGAAAUCUACAAGAUCGAACACAGAGAAACCUCGACUUUGUCGAGGAGAAAAAUAAUCAGGCCACGCAAUAUACGUUCUUACCGCAUCAGCCCAGGCAAUCGACCAGAACGAACAUCGGUGCCAAUCUGUCGAAGAACAGAGAUGCCAAAAACGUUCCGCCCGAAGUCAUCAUCAGAUCGGAAAUCAAUGUCAAGUCUCAUCCGAAGAGAUCACCCAUGUCAUUGGACAGCGACGGUACCCCCAUAAUACACGGCAAACGUGUCCCAGACGAACCCAUGGAUAAGAUCCAAACUUGGCGCAACGCCAGAAUCAUCAACAACAAGCUGAUAACCGAGAGUACGAGUUCCAACCCCGUGGAUCCUUCCGGUGCUUACUAUUCGUCCGAUCAUCUAGCGGAGAGACAAAGAUUCGAAAGAUUCUUCAAGGAUGUUAAUCGUAGAUAUGGGAGAAAUUACGAGGACAAUGGGAGAAACGUUUACUUCGAAUGGGAUCCGAAAAAUUACAAGAACGAAGCUCUGAACGCCGAGGUUUACGAAACGAGGAACGACAACUAUCGAGCCAAUGUACAAAAACGAAUGUUACAUCCCGACAGUAUCGCCAAUUAUCCAGUUUCGCAACUUUACACUCCGGAAAGUCAAAAGAUUUCGUCAGUACCCGUGAAACCUGGAGUGAGAGCUCCCGUUUUACAGUAUGCUCAUCCCGAAUUGGGCGUCCAACCGGCUAAGAUCGUGAAGAACGAGAAAAGACGACCGGAGAGUCAUAUGGAUAAUUAUCAACACUCGAACGGACAGUAUCCGUUUAUGGAGCAACGUCAAAAAAAGAAAUACGUACUGAACGAUAAGAACAUAGUCGACACUUACACGACGAAGAACUACUAUCCGAAUCAACACUUUUAUGGCCUGAAAAGACCGAGCGACACGCCGUUUUGGGUGAAAAUAUCGGAGAAUUUGAAGAAUCAAUUUUCCAGCGGGGUAGAAAAGGUAUCCCAAUUCACCAAGCCCGUGUUCGAUCCAUUGGUCGAGGCAACGCAUAAAAUAUCUCAAAAUUUAGGCUUGUCGAACGGCAAAGAGGCGCAGGAUAAGAUCGGUACUGUAGCUUCUGGCACAAGCAUUCUCAUACCUGCUCUUGGUCUCGUUGCGUCCGGUGCUGCGCUUGGAAUCGGUGCUGUGGCAGUGGGAAGAUAUCUUGACGUGGACGUUUUGAAGAGAUCCAACGAAGAUACUAUCGAUUUGGAACAUAAAAGAGCGAUAGAAACGAAUCCCUCGUUCUUGGAAGUCCUCGAGAAGCAGAGAAAAGAUAACCUCGAGUUUCAAUUACCGCGUGACACAGCGGACGGUGGUGUAUAUUUGGUGCUGGAACAAGAGAAACGAACUCCGGAGAGUCUCCUGGACAAAAAUCAGCGCAAUAGAAGGAGUCUGGACUACGUGGACAUCUUUAACACCGAGGCCGACGUUAAGAGUCUUGAAAAGAGCAAGAGAUUACAGAGGAAAGGGGCAGAUUCGAUCACCGAGAUAGUCGAGAUCGAUCUACCCGCAGCGAAGGGUAACAUCGACGUGACCGAGUUUUUGAUUCCUAGAAGAAAUACUAAGAAGGAGAAGGAAGCGAGAAGGGACGGGACGAUUUUUGUAAUCGGAGAUGAUUCUUUGUCUCAGGAACUAGCAAAAAAGGAUCUUGCUACAGAGGUAUCCGAAAAAGAUUCCUUCGUUAACGUUGCGAGGAUAAUCGAGGACGCGAUCGAAAGAUCUAAAAAGAUAUCUAUGGAGGAACGGAAUAAAACGAGAAGGAAAAGAAGUACGGAAAGCGAUGAUCAGGAAUUAGACGAUAUCUUGCAAAAUCUGGAAAACGCCGAGGUUGCCGAGAUCGCGCAUAUCGAUGGCGACUGGACCAAUACACCCUGCGCAAAAAGGAUAUUCUGUGACACUAUGAUUCAAAAGGAUCCCGAAGCUUCGAUCUUUAUGGAAAAGAAGAUGGCUAAAUUGUUGGGUCUAAUUCAGCCUGGAGCAGCCGUGCAAGUAUCGAGUCACUUCGAGGAGGUAAUGGACGCCAUCAGAAGGCACGAUUGUUCGAGUUUUCUUUGCCCUCAAGCCAGACCCGGAAACAUUUUCUUCUAAUCAUCAUCGAUAAGAGGAGGACAACUUUCUUCGUUCCUUUUUCUUUGUUUCUUUUUUUCCCUUUCUUUCCUUUUUUAUCUUUUAGUCACGUCGAAGGAGAUCUUUACCGAUCAAUUGUACAUAAUUGCCACCGAGGCGAGAAUUUUAUUUAAUGAUAUGCACAUUCUACUUUAAUUUAAUUCUAGAAACUCUCUCAAGGCAUAAAUCUAUCUCGUGAGUUCGACGAAAGAACGAGUAGGUCGUUUCCCAAAUGGCUUUCUGCGAACGCACGAUUGCAUGAGCGCGAUCCCUUUUGAUCUCCUUGUUAGAUUACUCGAGAUCAGAAGAGAUAAUAGCGUAAGAGUGUUAAAGUUAAUAGAACGUGUCCUGCAAAGAGAGUUAUCGUUUGCUUUACAUGUAUGUAUCUACGUAUAUCAUAUUUAUUUGUAUACCGUGUGAUUUCCCAAGGAUCAUCGCGGUUCGUAUUAUAUGCAAAGGCCAAUGAAUAAAUGAUAUUUUUUACGUAAAAAAAAAAGAAAAAAGAAGUAUCGUAUCAGUUCUAGAUUUAACGCAAAUGUCGUCACAAAAACCGUCUGUUAUUAUUAUCAACGAACGAACCAUAUUCGAGAAUUCGCCUUGGUAUUCGACGAUUUCAGCCAAUAGUAAUACGUUUUAGAUUUCGUUGCUAAAUUGGACUAGAAUCCUUCGUACGAAACUUUCCCAAACCAUUGCGAUAUCCGCUACUCGAACCCGUUACUGGAACGUUGUCGAGCGGGUAGCGAAAAUGUAUAAAUUAAUGUAAUUAACGCUGAACCACUAAGAAAUUCCUUAUAUAUAAAGCGGUGCACCGAGACAGUUUUAAACACCUCAGGGAGCAUGGUAAAACCUGAAAGAUUAGGCUCGUUAAAUUUUUUUUCAAGGCAUAACGCAAGUUAAAUCGCCUUUUAGAAGGGGAAGACGAAGUUAAACGGUACGGUCCUGGAUGGAUACAUUUUUAAGUAGAUGGUAGUGGGGAUCGUAGUUCAUUUAACUUCAACGAGAGAGAGAGAGAGAGAGAGAGAGAGCAUGCGUACUGCCGUAUCGAAGAAAAAUAAAAAGAUAUUCAUACCUAAGGACAAA